GAGGCAGCUCUACGCCAGAAUCGGCCGCGAGCCCGACACGAACUGCCAGCCGCAAAUGGCUACAUACCACGUCGCUUUGCGCGGUAUCGUCAAUUCUCGCACAGUAAUGUGGCUCAGAAACCCCACGGCUUGACGCACAACCCCCGCAUCAUCUCCUGCUGAGGUCUUUCGACAGCGACGGCCCAUGACCACGAAAAUAAAAGGGCCCUGGGCCAAAGGAAGCAGCUCUUCGUAAUUGAGGAGAUGGGCUGCCCGUCGAGCUGCAACUGACGACCCAAUCACCAGAAGGGCUGCGAGAAUGACGCCACACUUGUAAGCGGUUCAGCCGACACGUCCGUUGCAUGCUGCAUGUUGAAGCCCUUCCCAAAGCGUCCUCGUCACUUCGAUCCAGAGGCCGCGAUGUAUAUUGCCAGGCACAUUCAUGCGCAGGUUAGGUAGGGCGUUUCGCAAAGAGGCGGCCAAUUGGAGGCGCAUGCGUAAGCCAUCCAACAGGCACAGGUCGCGAAUGAGAGCCAGGCGUUUCGCCUCGCCGUUGCACGUCUCGAAAAAGAAGCCACAGGCCGUGGAGGUGCGGGACGGGAAGUCCACGGGUCAACGUCGGCUGGAAGCUGCCGUGGAACGCAGCGCCUUGAGCCUCAGGCAUGUCCGAGUCGUGCUCGUCGACGGCGCAUCUUGGCUCCCGUCGGCGGUGAGAGUCAGAGCCGUGCAUGAGCAGCCAAAUGGCGCCAGAACGGGCCAUCAACAGCCCUUUUCGGCCACGGUAGAUAACGAUGGGCUGCGGAGCUGUGCUCCGUGCUGUGCUCUUGGUCUUGAAACUACGCGCCCUGCAGCA